UCAAUUCUUCUUCUUAUUAUUUUCCCAUCAACAGCUGCAGCUAUUCCUUUACUAAGUAGUUAGUAGUAGUAGUAGUACAAGCAUUCACCCUGGUGCCGAUGAUGAAGACUCUCGACUAACCGCAACUCUCUAAGCAAAAGAGUAGCGGAGCACUCAUGCAUCACUGUACAUAUCGUGGACUUCGUUAAUAUCUUUCUUAAACAUAUGCUUGUCCGCUUCGGAAAGACAAGUGAGACCUACACAAGCCGACGUAUGAUUGAUGACAUUCCACAGUUGGCCGCCCCAUCGAUGGGAAGAUGUGUACACACGCUGAUAACUCUAAUUACAAUGGAUCUCUUACGUUCAUCAAGGUGUUGGACUUCAAUACAAAAGAACACAUGCACAGUGAAAUUUGCGACAGUGGUGUGUGAAGCUCAGCACGGAGACGUCAAAAGACAAUGAAUUUACUGUUGGACAGCUUUUAACAGCAAUAUAAGAGAUAACUACGAAAAAUCAUAGACCUUUUUCUAUUUGGUAUGUCAGCUCUAGUUACUCUGCAGCAGCCAAACAUAUGAAAUGGCUGACUUUUUAGCGUUAAAUUCAUUACUUGGAGGUUUUGCAACUUACUCUCGGCUAAAGGGAUCAAAUGAUGAUGACUGGGCAGAUCGAUGCAACCACCUUUACACAGUCCUUCUACUGGCAUUGUUCAGCAUUUUUGUUAGUACAGGCCAAUAUGUCGGUGACCCGAUCCAGUGCUGGUGUCCGGCAGAGUUCACGUCUGCAUUUGUUGCAUAUACGAAGUACUAUUGCUGGAUUUCCAAUACCUAUUAUAUACCAAUGCGUGAUGUAAUACCAAGUGAAAUCCACUGGCGUGAAUCAAAAGAAAUCAACUACUACCAGUGGGUCCCUAUAAUCCUUCUUUUUAUGGCCCUUAUGUUUAAAAUACCUUGCAUUAUUUGGCGUGUAUUCAAUGGCGCAUCUGGCGUGAGCCUAGAGAAAAUUGUUGAUCUCACAGCAGCUACACAGAUAGGAUCACCAGUCACAAGGGAUCAAACGAUCCAUCACAUUGCUAUUUAUAUGGACCGUUGGCUCGAAACACAUCGAGAAUAUCAUUGGAAUGUUAUUGUGCGUAUCAGACAGAAAAUUGCCAAAUUCUGCUGUUUCUUUUGUGGAAAACGCGAAGGCACUUACUUAACAGGAUUCUAUCUAUUUAUUAAGAUGCUAUAUGUAGUAAAUGUUUACAGUCAGUUUUUUAUCCUAAAUGCCUUUCUUGGUCACAACUUUUAUUCGAUGUUUGGUUUUGAAGUUGUAGAAAAUUUAGCAAAGAACUACGAAUGGAGAGAAUCGCACCGCUUUCCUCGGGUAACUCUUUGCGAUUUUCAAAUCAGGCAGCUGCAAAAUAUCCAUCGCUAUACUGUUCAGUGUGUCUUGCCGAUCAACCUUUUCAAUGAGAAAAUAUUUAUAUUCAUUUGGUUUUGGUUGGUGUUGAUUUCGGCUGCUACUAGUGGUAACUUUCUUUUUUGGAUAUACCGUGUUGUAUUUCGGCAAAAUCGUGUAAAAUAUAUAAAGAAAUAUUUAAAAAUUACCAACAAUAUUCAUACAAUAGCCGAUAAGAAACUGGCCAGACGAUUCGCUGAUCAAUAUUUACGAGACGAUGGGAUAUUCGUUCUUCGACUCGUGAGCAAAAAUUCUAACGAUAUGGUGCUCUCCGACCUAGUCCAGGAACUAUGGAGAAUAUUUAGAAAUAAGCCACAUAUUAUAAAAGAUUUACCUGAAGAGACUGGUCGCCCAUCGAUAUGAACAAAAUAUGCUUUUCUGUUAGCUGUCCCAAAACUUAUAUGAAAUUAGACAGCUAGCACUAUGUCUGCAUUGGAAUGGAAAACAUCUUCGAAAUGGCUUCAAGUGGCAGAGAAAGAAAUAUUUGGAUUGGAUCUAUAUGAAAAUUUAAAACAAAAAUGUGAAUUCUUUCUGUGAUAUUAAAUUUUCAGGUUAAACAGAGUCGAAAAAAAAAAGUCUUUUUAAGGAAAAUUAAAGACAUGAGUGUUUUAAGUAGUAAUACAAUAAAACAUCACCAAGCAA